AUGGAAGUUUUGUCAGAAAAUCAGUAUAUUCGGGAUGUUAACUUUCUUCAUGCAGCAUACUACCCGACAGAACUAAUGUUGUAUUUUGAAAAGCAUCAUAUAUUUGAGAUACUAUUAGAUCUAAUGAUUUUGUUAGAUAAGAAACGUCCUGACGAUAUUUACGAAUUCAUGGCAGAGCAGCUGGUUGAGAUUGCAAGGAAAUAUAAUUGUAUCAAUUUAUCAGUUGAAGUUAAUGCAAGCUCGUGUAGGUCUAAUUAUGACCAGUUCGUAAGAAUCUCCAGUCGAAUGUUGAAAGCCCCUGUCAUACAAAUUAAGUAUCCAACAACUAAAAAAUGUUUCAGGAAGCUGUCAGAUGAAUUGAAACGGUUUAGAUUGCACAAGAAAAAUUUAAUUUAUCAAAAUUUAUCAACCACUGAUGUUUUACCAUCAAAACUAUUCGCUGACAAUCGACACAUCAAGCUAGAUAUUGAUCAACAUGACUCUGAAGGCUCAUCGAAACUUAACCCAUUGAGUGCUAUAGUUUCAGCAGCACAGCAUUUGAAUAACACGGUUAAAAUAUUGAAAUUUAACCCAGAUCACGCAAUGGUCAAGUACGUGGAAAGAAUUGCUAUCAUUGGAAGACCCGGUUCUGGAACACAUUGGCAAGCGCGAAUACUGGCUAACCGAUUGGAUGCUGUACUAGUUUCAGUGAAAGAGCUGAUCAAUAGUGCUCGACUGGACUCCAAGUGCUUCAAGAAGACAUUGGAAAUCGGACUUGAGGACAAUGUACAUACGUCUGAGCUCAUCACUUCAAUAGUUGAAAAACGGCUGUUGGAGCGAGAGUGUUUGCAGUUCGGUUGGAUAUUGGUGGACUUUCCCAACACUGCUGAAGAUGUUGAAAACCUUUUUCGUCUGAUGGUUGUACCACAAAAAAUUUUGUUUCUACAUGCUAACGAGCGGUUGUGUCGAAAAAGAAUGUUAAAUCAACUGAAAUCGUCCAAAACAAUAACGGCUGAAAGUUUCGACGAUGUUUCCAGGGAAAAUAUGUUAGAAACAGAGUUCAAUUACUUCAACUUUCAAAAACGGGAUUUGAUUGACGCUUUAAGGAAACAGAACUGUAUUUUACUGGAUAUAAACGCAAACCACAGGAAGGAGAAGGUGCAGAAAGAUAUUUUAAAAAUUUUAUUGAAAUUGUAA